GAACCCGGGCUCAGACAAAAUGUUUUUUUUACCGUUUUUUAAAUUUUCUUUUACUCUGUUUUCCAUUUUUGCGUGCUACUUACAUAAUUCUGCGUCCAGCAGCAGCGAUUCUCCCACUUCAUUCCUAAGUUUCUUUUCCCCCAAGGAUUUUGUGCUCUCUUGUUUUGCGUGGCUUUGAAGAAGGAAUGGAUUGGGGUAACGUAACAGCAGAGGAUCUGAUCGAUGCCCUUCGCGAGGUCGACUGGUCAUCGCCUCCGCGCCCUCUUUCAGAGUUCUUUUCCCGAUUCACCGUCCCCAAAUCUUCUGCCAAAUGGAACAGUCGCCUCAAGUGCAAUCUCUACUACUAUCGGACUAACUACUUCAUUAUGAUCGUUCUCAUUCUGGGACUGGGUUUUCUUAGGCGGCCACUUGCUAUAGUGGCAGCUCUUUUAACAGCACUUAGCAUUGCAUUUCUGAAUGACAGCUUUGCAGGUACUUUUAGUGAGAAGGUGACAAGAACUGUUAGGCAAUUCUCUCCUCAUUUAGCAGCUAAAAUGAGACCUCCUCUUACACCUGUUAUCCGUGGACGUCCAUCAGCUAAGAGAGCAAUUCAUAUAUGCGGUCGGCCCCGUUGGGUUUUUGUCCUGAUGUUCUCUUCUGUGAGUUUCAUCCUUUGGUAUGUCUCUUGUGGUCUAUUGACUGUCCUAUGGGCGCUUGCCAUUGGUCUUCUUGCCACAAUCCUACAUGCAAGUUUUAGAACACCUAAUCUGAAAGCACGUCUGAACACAUUCCGUGAAGAAUUUCGUGCUGUUUGGCGGAAUUACAGUGAGCUGUAGCUUUGAUGGAGCUUACUGCAUGCAGGUGCUGUAUUUUAUGGCUGGGAUAGUCGUCUGGCUGCCUUGCUCUCUAAAGUUAGGCGUAGCUGCUGCUUCUGUUGCUUUAAAAUAACUUCCAGUGACAAAAUCGUCCUAUAACUCCAACAUCAUGUAAAUUGUCAGGACCUCUUCUUUCUGUAAAGCAAACUGUUACCAUUUAUAGCCCGUAUCUGUAGAAACUUGGCAUUUUAGUGGAGAAGCAUUGUUAGAGUUCUCGGGUGAACUAUUAAUUGCCAAUAUUGGUAUAGAGAAUUCCAUAUUUGCUUUAGAAGUAGCACCGAGUAGUUCCUCUUGCGUGAGUUGUGUGAUGGAAAAGAGUAGUUAUUUUGAAAUGUUCUAGAAAUAUCUUAUAUUCAUUUAUUUGAAUUGUGAAGCUUUAUAGCAAA